CAUGCCAAAGCCAUGCUACUCCACGAGCAUGUCAUGCCACUUGUAAAAAUAACUUAAUAACCUGAACUUUAAUUUUGUUUGUAGUUUUCAGAUUAAAAACCACAAUGGAUACUCAAGAAGAGUUGCUGUCUUAUCUCGAUCUUCUCGAUUUAGACGAGGAAAUCGUAGAUGUGACAUUAAAAAACCUCAUGACAGGAAGUAAACAUUCAAAUAAACAACUUAAGAGUGCGAUACUUUUAUUGAAAUAUAAACUGCUUAUAAACAUUAAAGAAGGUACUGAAUGUGAAAACGACGAAGAAUUUGAGUUCGUCGUUAAAUUACUGAAGGAAUUGACGAGUAAUAAUGUGGAUUACGUGUGUAAGUGCAUCAAUAUUGUGCUUUGCCUCAACCCUAGCAGCGUAGUAAGUAAAGCAGAACAUUUGCUGCAACAAAUACUGUCUAAUAUUGAAUUCCAGUCAGAAUCAUCAAGCCUAUUGGACAAAGAUUCUAAUAUGAACACACUAUUAAUGUUAAAAGCCGCUGAUAGCAUUCUCAAUGCUGCCACAAAGUUAGGAGAAAAGCUGUCACUAUUAUUUUUUGAAACACCGCUAGAGAAGAUACUUGACACACCAGACGAGACACUUAAAAUGUAUUUUAUAACAAACACUGUCCCAAAAAUAGUAGAUGCAGUGAUUGGUUACAACAUCCUAGAUAAAAUAUGGAUUCAUAUCCAGUCUGUGAAAGCCAACCAAAAAGAAAAUUCCCUGAAAGUUCUCAGCUGCCUUUCAGAUUAUUAUUUACCCACACCAGAUGCAGGGUAUAGUAAGUUUGUAUCAGACAUCAUAUUCCAAUAUAACUUUUGGGACUUACUUUUAUUUGGUAUAAUGUCUGACAACACUGCCAUAAGAAAAAUAUCUGUUUAUCUCACUAAAAAGGCUAUUGAUUGUAUUAUGGCUACCAAAAAAGACAUAAAUGUGAAGUCGAAUAGUUCAAUCAUAUUCCAAUGGAAACAUAAUAACAGUCAUGUUUUGAAAAACAUGUGGGAUAAUUUCUUUGUACUCAUAGACAGUUUAGAAGAAAAACAGAGUAAUAUAGUGAUGCCAUCUCUAAGACUAUUUGAAGCAAUUGAUAUUGGAGACUGCUGGAUCAAUGCUGCCUUCAACAUUGGCCUAAAACAUGAGAACACUCAAGUCCAGUUAAAAUGUAUUCAGUAUAAACUCAAAACUAAGAUGAGAAACCAACUGGAAGCUCAGAUCUUACUAGAAGCAAUAAAUGAUAUAAAUAUUUAUGAUCAAAAUUCUACUUUUGAAGUUCUUAAAACGGAAAUUGCAAAAUUGCUUGAAGAUAGACAGUGUUUCAUGGAAAUAUUUCAAACAAUAUCUUUAAUUAAAUGGUCCCCUGUGCCAUUGUAUCAUAUAACUGAUGUUGUAGCUAAUUUAAAAAUAGAUUUAUCAUCAAUUAAUGAAUUAGCUAAAAUUGUUAUUGAUAUACUAAAAGUUCCUUGCAAUAAUAUUGUGUUAAGGAAAGCAAUACAUAUCAAUGUAGUAAAUUUUGUCAAGAAUUGUGGUUCAAACCUUAAUUGGAAAGAUUUAGCUACAAUUUAUAGGAGCAUUUCAUUAGAAACCGACUUGCAAAAUAAUCCAUUUACUACAAUAGUAAAGCAAAUUUCCCUAGCUGAUGAUAAAAUAAACUAUCUAAAAACUUUGUCAGAAGAUUAUAAUAAUAUAGAUUUAAUCAUUCUUUAUUUACAAAGUCAUGAAGAAGAUAUAAAUAUUGCUAUGAAUAUCAUUAAUGAAAAACUUACUAAAAUACAAGAAGGUGUCAACAGGCAGUAUUCUGAUAAAAACGAUUAUAUCACUGAUGUUGUAUUUUUGUUGGAUUUGUUGAACAAAACAAGAGAUAAUGACUCUUUUCUACAUAGCAUACAUGUGCUGAUUGCUAAUCAAAGUAAGACUUUAUUGCAGUAUCUUUUAAGUCUAUUUUCAAGUGACGAUUUGUCUAUAGAAGAUGCUGUGAAACUUUGUGAAAAAUAUGAUUAUGAGUUUGAGGGCAAAGAUCUGAAAGAGAUAUUACUGAACUUAUACAAGACAUCUGUAUUAUUCCUGAAGGAAGGUACAGAUUUAGAUAAAGCAGUCCUCAGUAUUUUUACCUUGAAAAUGACGCUCAAAAAUCUCAUUAUGAAGAACUUUUAUGAACAAGAAAUGUUGAGUCUUAAAACGUUUUUAGAAAUAUUCUCCUCUGUAAAAUUUAAAGAUGCCCAAAAUGAGAGUGUGGGUAGAUCGAAAAACGUAUUUUAUGAAAAGUCUACCGAAUUAAUCUACCACUUCAUUCAGAGAGAGAACGAGAAUGGUGUAGAUUCAUGUCUAGCAGAUAUUAUAAAUUACAUUGAAAAUGUAUUAGAAUGUGGGGGAUAUGGAUGUCUAAAAUGGAUUCUAAAGAUAGUCAAUGAAAUAACACACCCCCUAAUUAAUGACAAAAGUAAUUUCAACAUGACACAAUUCAUAAAUCGAGUUUGGAAUGAAAUUGAAGAACUAAAAUCAAAUAAUCAGUAUUCACCAUGCAUCGAGGAAUUUGUUAAAUUAAUAACUCACGAUGUACUGCUAAAGUCGUCAAUGUAUAAUAAUGUAGUAAUUUCGUACUGCAACAAGAUCAUAGAGUAUGGGCCCGUUAAAACGAAUCCUCUGUUUUAUUUGAUCAGGGAGCUGAAUAAAAAGGAUUUUAAGGAGUAUGGACAUCUAGUUUAUGUCCUAUGUGAGAUUUUGCUUUACUGUCCAGUGCCAAGGAAAGAUCAAAGGAUUGCGGACAAUGUGACUUUGGAUGUCUUGCAGAAUCCAAAAUAUGGAAUAAAUAGAGAUAGUAUCGACAUCCACUUUAACUAUGAAAUCCAGUACCUAGCCAUAUCUACACUAUGCAGCAUCGAAGACUCCGAAACACUUCGAAUGAUCACCAAUUUCAUCACCAUUCGCAUAGACAAUACAUUAAAAAACAAACAACGUUACCACGGGAACUCGCACCUCCAUAGAAUAUUGCAAACCUCUUUACAACACAUCUUGAUACUGGUGAUAAAGAAUGGUGAUUUGAAAAAUGGAAUGUCUUGGGGUUUGGAUAUGCUGGUGAAGUUGCCUCAUCAGCCAAGUGUUAGGAUCUGUUUAGAGUGGUUCAUCUCACUCUGUUUUUAUAUUCAGCAUAUGGAACUAAAUAAAGGGAUGGUAGACAUUUUAAAAUCCAAAAAUAUACCAUUGACGUCACAGUUCUUUAUCCUAUACUGGCUUUUGAAACAUAAAAUAUGCAACAGGUCCUACGCUGACCAUGAAUAUGACUUUGUAUUAGACUUCUUACUUUCUCAUACAAUGGGCCAAUUGUUCAAUGUGAGACUCAAUGCACAAUAUUUGGCCACAAUUCUUUAUAAAAUGGCGAAUAAGUUAUCAAGAUUCCGCUACACGAUUGGCGUUAUUGAGAAAACGUUCGCUGAAAGUAGCAGCGACAAGAAUUUCCUGAAGCUACAGAGCGAUUACUUCACCAAGCAUUUCGACGCAGUUGCUAAUCUGACACCUUAUUUCGUUUAUUAUGUUUUGCCGAAAUACUGCGAUAUUGAUAGCAACGAGAAAGUUGAUAUAAACUUUAUUAAAAGGAUCAUGAAGGAUAUAAAUGAGAAUAUAUGCAGAAAUUCUACUGACGGUUUUGUGAAUGAAUGGAAAGGCUGUAGAAGGGAAGAUGAUCAGUUUACUGAGUUGGAAAUAAAGAGGGGUGUUGAUAUCAAGAAUGCUGAUGAUUCAGAGUGCUUGGGGACUAUUCAGAAGAAAUAUAUUCCUUGGCGAAAUAUGAGUGAUGUCAAUGUAUAUGAUGUUGGGAAGAAGAAUGAAAACCCAAGUAAUUUGAUCGUGGUAGCUUCCCUGAUCGAUAAGCUACCGAACUUGGGUGGCAUGGCUCGAACUAGCGAGGUGUUCGGGGUACAGACCUACGUCGUGGACAGCUUGAGGCACUUGCAGGACAAGCAGUUCCAGGGGCUCAGCGUGUCAGCAGAACGUUGGAUAAACGUAGAGGAAGUCCGUCCCGGCCGGCCCCUCAAGGAGUACCUGAUGAAGAAGAAAGAGGAAGGCUAUGCCGUGGUGGCUGCAGAACAGACCUCCACCAGCUCCAAGCUGCAAGCCUUCAAGUUUCCCAAGAAGACCCUGUUGUUGCUUGGGCACGAGAAAGAAGGCGUUCCUUGCGACUUACUACCCUUGAUGGACCACUGCGUGGAAAUCCCUCAGCAAGGCUACGUGCGCUCACUGAAUGUUCACGUCACGGCAGCCAUCUUUGUUUGGGAAUAUGCCCGCCAAAAUGUGCUCUAGAGCUGUCAAAUGUUCUUUGUUAAAGUUGAAGCCAGAAAUAAAACUAAUGAAUUAAUUUUAUUUUUCUCGAGAUGCACAAUUUUAAUUUAUCUUCCAAUUAAGAGCUAGGCAGGCAGCUUAAUUUAAUAUUUGUAUUUUAUCUGUUAAUUAAUUUUCUGGCCUCCACUACACAAGGUGCUAAUGUUGUUAAUUAUUAAAAAUAGAUUUAAAUAUAAUUUUUAUCAUAGUUACUUUUUAUUAAAGUCAAUUCAUAAUUUAA